AUGCAUUCAGUUUUAUCUUUGGCAGAAUGUAGGAAAGGAAAUCAGGAGAGUUUUCAGGGGAAAUAAAUACAACCAAUAUCCUGUUAAUGCAAUCAGCUUGCCGACAGCGAAGAGCAACGAGCGCUGGAAAAAUACAUCCAGAUAGGAGCAAACUGCAAAGAAACACAACCCUAAAAUACACUCUACACCACAAUGGAAUUGAAGCGUUCGAUAAGGGAAUACUUCCGACAUUAGUCUUACCAGCAGUACAAAGAGGAGGAACACGCCUUAAAACCCCAGCGCUUUAUUGAUCCAGGCGGCACUUUCUGACACAGGACGGGAUUGGUAACUCUAUACGACUCUCCAGGUUAACGAGGGCGAACAUGUGGCAGAAAAUUGCGCUCAUAGUUGCUGUCUUUCUUACCCCAUGCGCCAGUAAUAAUUCAGAUCAGUGCCCCAUUCCUCCGAGUGUGACAUCUGCUCAAAUAAAGAAUGAGUUCGGCAUUCUGCAAAAGUUUUCUGUGGGUCGACGUAUUCACUACCAAUGUUUGCCAGGUUAUAUUCAGAAUGAAAGCACAACUGAUUUUAUCAUUUGUCAAAGUAAUUUAACUUGGUCAGAGCCAUUGAUAAGUUGUAUACCUAUAGAUUGUGGUGAUCCAAAAGAUAUAAAGAAUGGCUACCACCAAGCUACAGGUCGAACGUAUGGGAGUACAGCAACUUACAACUGCAAUAAAGGCUAUCAACUGAUUGGUAAAGGAACUAUAGUGUGCACUAUUGAUGGAUGGAAUAAAAACAUUCCGUUCUGUGACAUUAUUUUAUGCGAUCCUCCGAACCCUAUUAGCAAUGGAGAUGCGACUGAAAGAGAUAGCUGGGACAUUGGAACAGAUGCAAAAUAUUCAUGCCAUGCUGGUUAUACUCUGAUUGGUCAACAUACCAUUAAUUGUACAGACACUGGGGACUGGAGCCAUGACCCUCCUAUUUGUAAAGUCCUUCCUGACCAUGAAGAACAGCUUUCACCUCCUUCCACCAUCGCAGCUACAACAAUACGUGAAACAACACCUGAGAUAAACAAUAUUACCACAGAUGGUGGAGUCAGGAACCAUUUGCUUUCAUCACUUCCUAACUAUACUGCUACAAAUGAAGAAAGGCAAACAGAUCUUUCUACAACCACAACUGUAAACACAAUAAUAAAUAAAACAAUACCUCCAAACAACUCCCCAAUUCCUACAGAUAGACUCGACAAAAGCUUAAUGCUUUCGGGAGCUCCUCACUAUUCCUCUAAUGAGUACUGGAAAAAGGGGAUAUAUUUUGGAGCCAUCCCUGGUGCCAUUGUUAUAGUACUAAUUAUAAUCAAGGUUAUUUAUGACAGAAGAAAAUAUGGAUCCUAUAAAACAGGGAGUCAAUUCCUAGAAUGUCACAAGGACACUGAACUAGCAACAAUUCAACUUAUUGGAAAUUGAAACUGCAGCCGUUUUAGAUGAAUGGUCGUCAGUCUUGGGGAAAAUAAUAUUCCAGUCCUUUCAGUUCAAUGGAUCAAAUUCAUAAAGAUCUCCAUGACAAGACAGAGGAAUCAGAAAGCAGCAUGAUCUACGUGCUACUUCUAGAACUUUGGAGACUAUAUAAAAAAUAAAAGGUUCAAAUUUCUUUGCUCAGUAUUAUUUUUUGAUGUGAAUUAUCUUAAAUGUAAAUGUUCUUCUGUACCAUGGUGUAAAUAUAGCCCAGAUUUUGCAAUCUUGGCAAAAAUUAGGUUGUACUGGCUCAAUGGAUGGGCAUGUCUGUAGGCAAGGGGUGAGCCUCUCACUGCAGCUUGUGACAUAAGACGUGCUCUCUAUUUGACAGGCAUUGAGAAAGUUUGCCUAUAGUAUAUUCCCUGUGACAAUCCAGGAUCACUGGCGAUUUGAUCUGGCAGGGAAUGUCCCUUUAAGGAGAAAUGCAGCAUCAGCCAAAUUCCAAGAGCGGGACAAGUUCAGCUCUUCAAAAAUCAUAAAAAUUAUGUAAAGAAAUGCAAACCCUAGAAAAUGCUUCCAAAAACAAUUGGGACAGAGAUGGCAAAUAAGCAGCCCUACUUUGUGUGUACAAAAAAUAUUCAAAAUGAUAGGACUGAAGAAAACUCCUCAGCCCAUCUGGUCAGGCACAAAAAUCUAGCCCCCUUAAAUAUCUCUACACUCUGUUUUCCUGGACAAACCACAUGCUCUGUGCAACCUCACUCCUCUUAGCAUCAGCUAAUGUCCCUGAUUUUAUGUUGAUUUGAAACACAUUAAUGUGGCUGAAUUGAUUUAUUCCCUUAAGCACGUUGAAUGGGGUCUGCCCUCAGUCUUCUCUUAUUCAAAGUAAAUAAUCUCGACUGCUCCUCAUAACUUAUUGUUUUAAAUUAGGUAUCCAGUGGGAUGUCUUUUUCUUCACUGUCUCCAAUUUCUGAAUACCCUCACUGGUGACAAGAGUUGCACACAGUGCACCAGGGUGUGGAAAUGCCAGAACCUUGUAAUAAACUCAUUGUUGCUUUGAGAGAUUUGUGCUUAACCACUCUGAUCAUACAUUCCAAGGUCUGGUUAGCUUUGUUAUUCUAUCAGGACAUUGCACUGUUAGUUUCAGUGAACUAUCCACCAAAACCCAUCACUUGUGUUGUGUACUGUGUUCAAAGCUAUAAAGCUUAUAUUCCUAUUAUUUUUUUCCCUUUUUGUAAUCUCGUUAGCUCAUAUUUCAUGGUCUCUCUACACUGUGCCUUGGAUGAAGGAUCAUACUUGUCAAGUUCUUGUGCUCAGAAAGAGAGAAAAUAGUCGUCAAAACACCCUGUGCUCCUCUUACAUGAUCAGGCAACUCAAAGGUAACAUUGGAACCAAUCUUUAUAUUGGAGCAAGCGGGUGGCAGAAAGAACUUAAAGAAUGAAGAAAAACAACAUGUAGGGCAUGUUACGACUGGUCCCCAGGUGAGGUCCCCCAAUUUGUUAUGAUCCCAGACAUGAUACACCAAAUUGUUAACUUUCCGAGCAGGACCCCCAUUUUGUUAUGCCCCUGGGCAAGGGGGAAUGAGCUGGCUCCCCUUCUUUAUUCAACCUUCUCAGUUGGUCGCAACAAGAUUUAAUUUAGGGAUCCCUUCCCUGAUGGAUACGUUUUCUCACUCCAAAUUAUUUGUGUUUUAGAAGUAGCCAAUUUAAGCAGGCUUUCUUAAGUCAAAGAAAUAUUAAAUUUAUUAAUUACUAAAACCCAAGAAAAAAAUAAUAAAAACCCAACACACAUACACAGAGAUCAGAAAUGAGAAGUUGAGUCCAAAAUUAAAAUAUAAAAAGGGUAUAUGAAUCAGUCUUUGGUGUGUCCGUGAGGAGCAGAUGGAAAAAUGCUGCGGCCGUUAAGUUGAGAGAUUCUGGUAGGGGUGACUUUGGCAGUUGAGCUGUUGGUUUGGAGACACUUGGUUCUGCUGAUUAGCUGAAGGAGUUGUCCCAUUUCCUUUUUGACUGUGGCUUUGCUGACUUGCCCCCAGCCACAGAGAGAGAGAGGAGAGAAAGACUUUUUCCUGCAAGCUGCAGGGAUUCCUAUUUGCUGUUUUUCUGCUGUGACCUUCACAGCACACACUAGCAUAGCUGAACUAGAACAUAGCUCAGGUUUGCAGCUGGCUUUUUAACCUAUUUUGUUGUGUAUUCCUGGAAGGGAAAAGAACAAACACGUAUUUCGCCCAGAAGCUUUCUUUCAAUUCAGUUCAUUUCCACAUUCUGAGAUACAACUCAAUAGGAAAUGGUUCCUGCUGAGAUGUGGCAGUCUCUUUUGUCUCCUCAACCACAGGAAAGUCAAGUUCACUCUUUUGCAUUGUAUUUCUUCCUUUUAGGUGUCUGUCUAAAGUGGGCCUUGACACCUUAGGUGUCACAUGUUCCCUCUGGACUAGUCAGUCCAGCAUAAUCCACAUAGGAAUUUCCCAGAAAGUGGGUUACUUUACAUUUACUUUAUAAGCCUUUGCUUGUAGGUAAUUGUAAAAAAACAUAUCUUCCUUUAAAAAGUUCAGUCUAUCUUAAGUAAUUUGUGGCUGUGAUUCCCCUGUCAUGACACAGGACAAGUUAUUACAAAAUGCAGUUACUUCAAUGAAUGACUGAAAUUUUCUGACUUUCUUGAAUAUAGAACACAGAUGGCAAUUUGCAAUAUUUCAGCAGGUUUAGGGAUGUAAGAUUGUAUCAUUGAUAAUAUAUAUUGCCACAAUUGUUAAGAUGUCUGAUCUGAGGUUGCCACUUGGAGAUAUCCUGUGUAAUUUAAUUCAAUGUAAUGCUGCUGUAUUAAUACCGAUGAGUUUACUGGUGUAGUGUGUAGAACUAUUUUGUAUGGUUUCUCAGUUGCAUAUGAUAAAUGGCUACUUCAGUUAUGAA